AGUCUGUGUCACAUGUUGCGGAAGAAUAUGAUUGGUCAGAGCGAUAACGUUUUAUCACUCUUUCUCGGAAGAUUAUUUCUCAUUUCGCGAGGUAACAAUCAUGAGCACGGUUGUGAAUCCGGCAAUCCCAUACGUGGGACUCAUCCCUGGAGGUGUGACUCAUGGCUUGAAGAUCAUCGUACAAGGAAAGGUUCCCCAUCAUCACGACAACUUCCAAGUUGACUUUUCAACGGGGCCGGGCACGGAGCCGAAAUCUGACAGCUGUUUCACCUUCAACCCGCGUUUCAAUGAGCGGUGUGUGGUUCGCAAUUCUCUUCAGUACGGCAGCUGGGGGACUGAAGAACGUCACGGCGGCUUACCCUUCCAAAAGGGGGUUCCGUUUGAAAUUACCUUCCAAGUUAAACACGAUGUGUACAAGGUUGCGGUCAAUGGGCGACACUUCAUCGACUACAGACACCGGAUGCCCAAAGAGUCUGUGCAGUAUCUGAUGAUUUUGGGAGGUGUUGAAAUUAGCUUUAUCAAAUACGAGCCCGAGUACCCAAUGGGAUAUGCCCCACCUCCCAUGCCAUCCGCUGGAUACCCUGGAAGUCCUGUCUUCAAUCCGCCUACGCCGUACUUGAUAAACAUGCCCGGAGGACUGUACCCUGGUCGCAUGAUAUUCAUCAGUGGUUACCCCCGUCCAAACGCCUCCAGGUUUUCCGUGAAUCUGCAGUGUGGGCCACAUGAAAGCAACGACGUGGGCUUCGUGUUCGACGCUCGCUUCAACUUCGGCGGCAAGUCUAACGCGACUGUCAGAAAUCACAAAGUGGGGAACGUGUGGGGGACAGAGGAAACACACGGCUCUUACUUCCCCUUUCUCCCAAACUCGCCAUUCGACAUGAUCAUCUUGGUAGAUCCCAUGAGUGUCAAGGUUGCCGUGAACAACCAGCAUUUCUGUGAGUUCGGACACCGGAUACAGCCGAUAUCCCGCAUAGACUGGCUCAACAUUACUGGUGACGUGCAACUGACGUCGGUCCGUGUUCAGUGAUCCACGCAAAACACGUGCCUGACGUGGUAGUGAUUGCGCCAUCUCGAUGUGAUACCUGAUACCAGCAAUCACUGACAUUAGCAUGUGUUACGAACAACUAUUGUAAGCUCAAAAUCAAUGUAACGAUAUAACAAUAACAAGAACUUUGUUUACAAAUAUAGCAAGUUAUUAUCGACUGGUGUGUUCUUCAUUUUCGACUGGAAUUUGUAAAUUUACUCUUAAGCAAUGCAACUUUCUUUAUUACUGAAAAGGAACAUCCAAAUAAUAAUAAUAAAUUCAUUAUUGUAUUAUACUGAAAA